AUGAAUCACUUCGCGCCCUCUGUGGCAUUCUUUUGUCCCCAGAGCAAAGCCCCCACAGAGGCGUACCUCGAGCAAUUACAGAAGUAUAUUGUUGGAACUCCCCUUCUCCAACCUUUCGCACAGGCCAUCACGUCGUUGAGAUACACGUGGAGCACACUCUGCGAAGGCCAUGCGGACAUUGCCAAGCUCAAAUCAGGCGAACGACAUGUCGCCAGUCUUGAGCGAUGGAUUACCGACGGCAUAGCUGGGCCUGUGUCCAGCUCUAUGUCCGGGAUCCUAGCCUUACCGUUAUUGGUCGUUAUACAGAUUUGUCAAUACUUCCAGUUGUUGGAGUUGCACGACCUCACACAUGAGCAAAUGCUAUCAAGCCUGAGGAACGGCGGUGGUGCCCAGGGAUACUGUGGAGGCCUCCCUACGGCCUUUGCUAUUUCUUGCGCCAAAGACGAGGAAGACUUGGUCCGUCUUGCAACUAAGGCCCUUCGGCUGGCCUUUGCUGUGGGUGCGUUUGGCGAGUUGAGCGAUGACGAGUCAAUCGAAGGAGCUACGACCAUUGCGGUACGAUUGAGAGCUUCUCAGCAGGGCGGUGAGCUUGUAGACGACAAUCCUGGCUGCUAUAUUUCUGCGAUAACCGACCCAAGAACAAUAAGUAUUGUUGGCCCAGUGCUAGAACUCAAGAAGGUGGCCGAAAGAGCUCGUAAUCAGGGACUACUAGUCACAGAUAUCCAUAUCCGCGGCAAAGUACACAACCCGGAGAAUGCACCUUUGGUCAAAGUGCUAUUCGAUAUAUGUAACGAGCAUGAUGAGAUGGCGCUGCCUGAUGCAAGUCAGCUGCGAGUUCCUGUACGGUCGAACUUGAAUGGCAAGUUACUAGACAACUGCUCGCUGACACAUGAGGCAAUCAAUACGAUUCUUGCCUCCCGAUGCGAGUGGUAUCGGCUUCUGAAAGAGGUGGCGCAAGACUUAACGGGAAGCGGUACAGACGCCCAUACAUUUGCAUUGUUCGGGAUUGGAGACCCUGUCCCUCUCAUGCCAUUUCACAAUGCUCGCUUGCGGGUAUCAAAGAUAGAAGCUCAUACCGCUAUUCAGGAAGCCAGAUUGGCCGAAUACAAGUAUCCGGAAGACGCCAUCGCCAUUACUGGAGUUUCAUGCCGACUCCCACAAGCAAACGACCUCGAAGAAUUAUGGCAGCUCCUCGCCGCUGGCACAUCAACCUGCGAAGAGAUCCGCCAUGACAGAGUUCCGAUGCAAGAGAGUUUUCGGGCGCUCCAAAACGAAAAAUGGAAGCCGAAGUGGUUCGGCAACUUUAUCGAUGGAGCCGAUGAGUUCGACUGGGCUUUUUUCCGUUCUAAUGCCAAAGAGGCUGCCAGCAUGGACCCUCAGCAGCGAAUCUUGUUGGAGUUGACAUUCCAAGCUCUGGACUCUGCAGGUUAUCUCCGCAGACAUGUUCGUGAGAACGGAGACAGAGUCGGCUGUUUCAUCGGGGCGAGUUUCAUCGAGUAUACGGAUAAUACUGGUGCUCAUGCGCCAACUGCAUAUACAGCGACUGGCACAAUUCGCGCAUUCCUGUGUGGAAGGCUAAGCUAUCACUUUGGCUGGACUGGCCCGGCGGAAGUCAUCGAUACUGCCUGCUCUUCUUCACUUGUCGCUAUCAAUCGCGCGUGUCAGUCCAUCUGGUCAGGCGAGUGCCCUAUGGCCGUCGCUGGAGGAGUCAACAUCAUAUCCGGUGUCCACAACUAUCUGAACCUUGGAAAGGCUGGUUUCCUUAGCCCGACUGGUCAGUGUAAGCCAUUCGACCAAUCGGCGGAUGGAUAUUGCCGUGGGGAUGGUGCCGGAAUGAUCGUGUUGAAGCCCUUAAGAAAGGCUUUAGCAGACGGAGACCAAGUAUUAGGUGUCAUACCGGGCUCAUCCACCAACCAAGGUGGCUUGUCUGCAUCGUUGACAGUUACACAACCCUCAGCCCAGGUCGACCUGUACCAGUCGAUUCUCAAGCGUGCUGGGAUGAGCCCACAUCAUGUGUCAUACGUUGAAGCUCACGGGACUGGUACACAAGCUGGUGAUCCUCUGGAGGUUAGCAGCAUCAGGGACGUGUUCGGUGGAACAGUUCGUCCUACUAAGAUGUAUCUCGGUUCUAUCAAAGCAAAUACCGGUCACGCGGAGUCGGCAGCUGGAGUCGCUGGACUACUCAAGGUCAUUGCCAUGUUGCAGAAGAAAGCAAUCCCACCCCAUGCAUUAUUCAAUUCCCUAAACCCGAAGAUCCCCUCACUAGGCCCAGAUAGAAUUGUCAUCGCAAAGAGUCUGGAACCAUGGGAGGUACCCUUCAGGGCUGCGUGGGUGAACAACUAUGGGGCGGCGGGAAGUAACGCAUCACUUGUCGUCUGUGAAGGACCUCGGAAGGAUAUUGGCGCAGUACAAACACAACUGCUUGCAGGUACUCGGUACCCUAUCAUACUGUCAGCCCACACAGUCGAGAGUCUCAGGGCCUAUGCAGAAUCUCUGAGGUCGUACAUCAGCCGAGGAGAUCUAGACCUUGCUAGUCUAGCUUAUACGCUUUGCGAGCGGCGAAAGCGACAUCCUUUGGCAUGGAUGACAACAGCUUCCGAGAUCACAAGCCUGCAAACUGAACUUUCUGCCACUAUUCGACCAUGCAACAUCACAGCCUCAUCUAAACAUGUGGUGCUAGCGUUCUCCAGCCAGAGUAAGCAAAUUAUUGGUCUAUCGAAGACGUUGUACGAGUCGACCCCCAGGCUACGCCACUACAUCGAGGAGUGUGAUUCUAUUCUCGUCACAAUCGGCUUUCCCUCGAUCAUCCCAGCGAUCUUUCAAACUACCAUUAUCACCGACCCAGUUCUGUUACAGACGGGUACCAUGGCCGUUCAAUACGCCAGCGCCAGGUGUUGGAUGGAUGCCGGUGUUCAACCUGCUUGUACCAUUGGGCACAGUUUUGGGGAGCUGACAGCAUUAGCCGUAUCAGGUGUGCUCUCUAUUGAAGAUGCUCUUAAGCUCGUUGCUACACGAGCGCAGCUCAUGGUGACUAAAUGGGGACCGGAGAGAGGCACCAUGCUUGCAAUCUUCGCGCCGGUCUCUGUCGUCACACGCAUCAUCGAAGCCGUUAGCAACCACUCUCUAGAGAUUGCUUGCUUUAAUGCUCCCAAUAGUCAGGUGAUAGUUGGCGCCCAGGCUGCAGUGGCCGAUGCGGAGAAGUUGUUGGCUUUUGACCCCUCGUUCAAGGGCGUCAAGAGUCAAAGAGUUGAUGUCACCCAUGGGUUCCAUUCCGUUUUCACCGAGCCACUUCGGAACGACUUGGCCAAAUCAUUGGGUUCUUUGACUUUCAGGGAAGCUUCCACUCCUAUCGAGCCGUGUACACAAGUUCAGGCCGGCUCGAUUACUGCUGCACAUGUUGUAUCGCACCUCCGACAGCCAGUCUACUUCAUAGACGCUGUGCGGCGGAUAGAGAAGCGCUUAGGAGGUUGCAUUUGGCUCGAGACAGGAUUUGAUUCAUCUAUCAUUCCCAUGGUCAAGCGUGCGACUGCCAAGUCAGAGAUCCAUUCAUUCUACAGCAUCAAGACGGCUAUUGUUGAUCAACCUACGGAUAUUCUUUCUCGAAGCACUCUCGAUAUGUGGAAGGAAGGAGUCGACGUCACCCCAUGGGCUUUCCUGUCUCCGUCCGAUGCUGGUGUGGAACCAAUUUGGCUGCCACCUUAUCAAUUUCAGAGAACCAAAGCAUGGCUAGAGAACAUUGAUAGAGCUACUGAGCUCCAACAAAGUUUAGCCAGUCUCACUUCGCAGCAGGCCGAGGUCGCCUCCAUUCCUGUUUCUGUUCGUUUGCUGCAUCAUGCUGGGUCAACUGGUAGUACGGAAAAGCUCGUCAUCGACAAUUCGGCCAGUCGUUUCCGCGAAGUUAUCAGCGGUCAUGCAGUCCGAGGACGGCCGCUUUGCCCCGCUUCUAUGUAUAUGGAGUGCGCGGCUAUGUCAGCGCAGCUUCUAGGUGCAGAUCUCAGCUCUAAGUCGCUGGUGUUUGAGGAUCUGUCAUUCGAAUCCCCACUAGGUGUCAACCUGGACCGCGACGUUAGCCUGACGCUGGAAGAAACUGUCAAGAACAGCUGGAAUUUUGUCCUUUCGAGUUCUCCCGGAUCUGCAAGUGGUUCAACACGUGCAACUGUUCAUGGCAAAGGCCAAAUGCUUUUGGUUGAGGAUCCUCGAUUUUCCACAUACAAGCGACUCAUAGCUGACCGCCUUGACUCUAUUCGAUCGAGCCCAAGUGCGGAGAAGCUCAAUGGCGGACGAGCAUACAAGCUUUUCUCAAAAGUUGUCGAUUACGCCGACUUCUUCCAUGGGAUCAACAGCAUCGUCAUCGACAAGAACGAGGCACUGGCAGAGAUUCGCAUGUCAGACAGUCAUAUCGGGGGCGAUGAAAGUUCUGUGACGAAGCACUGUGACACUGUGUCCAUCGAUGCAUUCAUCCAGGUCUCUGGAUUGCUUAUCAAUAGCAGCAAGGCUUGUCCUCCAGGCCAAGUCUUCGUAGCUUCGGGUCUUGAAAGCAUUACCAUGUCAAGACGUUGUGACUUUGACACUCACAAGGAGUGGAACGUCUACGCCAUGUUCACUCUGAUCGAUGAUGUGCAUGUGACUGGUGACGUCUUCAUUUUGACCAAGGACGGCGAGGUAGCCAUGACAGCUAUUGGUGCCAAAUUCCAUCGUCUGGAGAUAUCCAAGCUUGAGCGAACGCUGGACGCGGCCAAUGGAUCGAAAGCCAGUUCAAAAGAGACUUCACGUCCCUCUCUCCUCAGCUCCAUACCUUCCUUCCAGAGUUCCAGGCCUACCAUAGUCCAGAUUCCGACGUUGCUAGCGCCCGACAGCGAUUCUGGCUUUUCCAGCGCAUCUUCGGUCGCUGAAGAAGAGUCUGAUGAUAGAGAGGCUCCGUUGAAAGCAAUGAUCUCCACCUACACUGGUGCACCGGCUGAAUUCAUUGCCUCGAACACAUGUAUCGGGGAUCUUGGUGUUGAUUCACUAGCAUCGGUCGAGCUCUCCGAUGAGAUUGGCGAAUGCUUCGGAAAAUUGGUCUCACCUGGCGAGCUCUUGACGAUGAGCUUUGGUGCAUUGAGCCAGAUGAUAUUUCCUGGUGUUGCCAAGAUCAAUCGGAAGCGCGUCAUGCCAUCUACGAGCCAGGCCGCGAUAGCUUCCUCGCCAGCUUCUGAGGUGCUUGAAACCAGGUCGAAGUCUGAUUCAAGCCCCAACUGUGGUAUCAGAGACCCUACCAACGAUACUCGACGUAUGAAGUUAUUCGAACUCAUCUCAGAGCUUUGUGGCGCGGACGUCAGCCAGAUACAAGAACACCAACUUCUCCAGGACCUCGGUUUUGACUCCCUGUCUACAACAGAACUUGGGUCUAGUAUGUCCGACGAUUUCAAUUUCGAUCUUAACAGUGUCGAUACUCUCCUUGAUAUUUCCGUCAAAGAGCUCAUGCAGUUAGUUGGAAUAUCUUCAUCAAAAUUCAGCUCCUCGCUCUCGGCGCCGCCAAUCUCACAAGCGUCUGCUACUUCUACAAGCGGUCCUGAUCAGUCCACGGGGAUCAUGGAUCCAUUUCAAUCUCUCUUGGCAGCAGAGUCCUCACUCCAAGAAUAUGCGAUGUCUUGCCAGUUCACAGAGUAUCUUGCAAAGGUCGCCACUCGUCAGGAUGAGUUACUACUCGCCUAUCUCGUUGAAGGGUUGCAGAAAUUAGGAAUCGACCUAAGGGCUAUCGGAAAAGGCGAGAAGAUUCCUGCCUUUACUUAUCAGUCUAAACACAGCAAGGUGGUACAGAGAUACUAUGAGAUUCUGGAGAGGCAUGGCAUCAUCGAAAAGAAGGGUCUCGGUUAUAUCCGCUCAUCCGGCUCAUGCACUUUCGCGCCUUCCCCUCAGCUUUUGCGUCGCCUCAUCGCCGAUUUCCCUCAAUACAGCUGCGAAGCUGAACUCAUGGCUCUCACGGGCCCGAAGAUUGCAGAAUGUUUGACAGGCGCCGAAGAUCCCGUCAAGCUUCUCUUUGGCACUAGCAAGUCUCAGGAGAUUGUUGGUAACUUCUACACCAAAGCACCCAUGUUCGCCACACUGACCGAAGUUCUUGUCGAUUUUAUGGUUCGCUUGGUCGAGAAAGCUGACGGCCCAGUUCGCAUCCUUGAAGUUGGAGCCGGCAUGGGAGGGACUACCAAGAGACUUGGUGAAGCACUCAGCGCGCUCAACCAUCCCAUUGAGUAUUUCUUCACAGACAUAUCCUCAACGCUUGUUCGGAACGCAUCUAAGAAGUUCAAGUACCCAUGGAUGCAGUUCAAGACACUCAACCUGGAGGUUGAACCUCCUAUAGAUAUGGUCGGCAAAUUUGAUGUCGUUAUCAGCACGAAUUGCGUUCAUGCGACAGCCAACAGGACGGAUACUUGCCGCCGCAUCAAACAGAUGCUGAACCCGCAUGGUUUAUUGGUACUCUCCGAAAUCACCACCAUCUUUGACUGGCACGAGGCCGUCUUUGGUUUGCUAGACGGCUGGUGGCUGGCAAACGAUGCCACGCAUGCCAUUCAGCCUCCAGCAGUCUGGAUGAACUUCUUGCAUCGGGCUGGAUACCCAAGUGCCACUUAUUCCCAGAGCAGCGUACAAGACUGUAAUCUUCAACGACUACUCGUAGCCUCUGCACAACAAUAUCCGGAACCGCCCCGUCAGAUAGAGUCGCCGGCCACUGGCGUUGAGACAGUCGUUUACAAAGCCAUCGAUGAGGUUGAGAUUGAAGCGGACGUCUACUUGCCGAACAGUACGCCUACCAGCUCAAUGCCUGUAGCAUUGAUGAUUCACGGAGGUGGCCACAUGACGCUGUCGCGCAAAGCGGUCAGGCCAGCGCAGACGAAGUUCUUGCUUUCGCACAACAUUCUUCCCAUCAGCGUGGACUAUCGGUUGGUACCAGAAGUGAACGUCAUUGAAGGGCCAUUUUCCGAUGUUCGAGAUGCGUAUGUUUGGAUCCAGACAAAGCUCUCUACGAUCACGUCCAGAUAUGGCAUCUCUAUCGACACAUCUUGCAUCGUCGCGAUUGGCUGGUCUACCGGCGCCCACCUCGCUAUGAGUCUCGCCUGGACUACCAAAGAGCUCAACCUCCCGCCACCAGCUGCUGUAUUGGGUUUCUAUGGGCCAACCGAUUUUGAAUCCGGUUCUCUGGAGAAACAUCACGACGAAAAGCAUUACGACGAGUUUCCUGCACGCCGAAUGCGAUUGGAGAAGAUCAUGCAGUCUUUACCACGCACUCCAGUCACGAACUAUGGCACUAUGAUGGAUAGCAGUCAGCUAGGCUGGGUCAAGCCUGGCGAUCCACGCUCAGAGCUCAUUUUCGCGGUCCUCAAGGAAGGGAUUGGACUGAACGUCCUGCUUUAUGGUCUCUCUCAUGAAGCUUUGGCGCUGAAGCCUGAGCCAACGCUCGUUGAGGCGAUCAGUCCGAUGGCACAUGUGCGGGAGGGUUCUUACAAUGUUCCCACGUUCGUCAUCCAUGGAAUGGAGGAUGAAAUUGUUCCGUUCAAGACAGCUGAGUCCUUUAUCAAGGAACUAGAAAACUCUGGAGUGAAGUGCGGCUUUCUGCCCAUUCCAGGAGUAAAGCAUAUUCAUGAUUUGAAUCUGAAGCCUGGGAGCAAGGAGUGGAAAGAUCAAGUGGAGCCGGGAUACCGGUUUCUUUUUGAGAUUCUGGACGUAUCUAUUUGA